CUUGUGCACAAGUGCGCUCGGGUAUAAUUAUAAUUUGAAUACAAAUUAAAUUAAAAGUUAUGUUACUUCCGAAAACAAGGAUAUUAAUUUCAGUCAUUUUUGGACACACAAGGAAGCAAAAAAGUAAAUUUAUUAAUAAACAGCCUAAAUAUUUUUGUGUAUUGUUCACUUCAAUUGCCGCAUAAGAACGCAAUAAAUAUUUCCAAAAUUUUGAAAUUUUCAUUGCCACAUGAUUGCCAAUCGAGCCAUCACACGAUAGCCGCAACCGGGUUGUAUUUGAUUUUAGGCACAGUAAGCGCAAUAUCGGGCUCUAUUGCCGCAUGAGUCAAUUUAUUGUGAAAUCAGACGAUUGGGGCAUAAAAUGAGGCAAUAUUUGGUGUAUUGCGGCAAUCGUGGGAUCUCAGCUUAAGAAUUCCAGUUCAUCCUAGUACGCUUAUAAAUGCAACGAAAGCCCUCAUGCUUUCAAAAAAUGGACAAUGGUCUGGCCAUUUACGGGUCCUGUGCUCGGAGCAACCUGAGCCGCAUUCUACGGCCAUAUCAUUCUGCGGGCAGAAGAUGCAUACGCGCUUUUCCAACAUCUCUGGUGGAAUACACUCUGACUGAAACAGGUAUUCUUGCAUUGGAAGAGAGAACCCAAUAUAACACGCUUAAAUUAAUAACAAAACUCAUGCAGCCCAAUAACGUAAUCCUGCACAACAAAACACACAAAAAGGAUGAAAAUGUUGAACCGUCAAUCAACCAUCAUAAGAUGCCUCAAUAAAGCGGCUGAAUUAGGUAUUGAUUUCAAGCCUUUCAAACCUAACAUCAACCGUCCUCCACCAUGGUUCAAAUUUCGAAGGCUUAUGUUUCUCAACCUGACAGCGUACGAUAAAAACACCACGUCGCCAGCAGCAUACAUGUAAUAAGUAAGGUUCACAUUGGAGACAUACCAUUAAAUGACACAAUACAAUGAAAUGAGAUGCUAUAAAAUAUUGUGAACACAAUGUUACUGUAACCAGUUCAUGACAAAUGAAGAAGAACAUUACACAUAGAUUGAGAAUGGUGCUUAGAGUGUAGAAUAGAAGAAAAAUAAAGUUAGUCGUGAGAUAGACAUAAAACGAUAUACAGGCGUACUUAAUACAUGGUGUUGGAAGCAAACAUUUUACAAAAUGGCUGUUAAUCAACGUGUAUCGGAGCCGCUUGACUGUACCAACAUAGCGAUUGAGUGGCCAUCGUGGAAAAGAAAUUUCAUGGUUUAUCUAAUUGCAAACAACAAGAUAAAAGAAGAUGAAGCAACAAAGAUUGCAACGUUUCUUUGGCUAAUUGGCGUGCAGGGCGCUAACAUCUACAGCUCAAUAUUCCCCAAUGAUGGAACGAGUGACUCGUUGCUGGGUACAACGAAAGCAACAGCAGCCGGGGAGACUGGUGAAGGAGAACAGUUCAACGCGGGCGAUGUUAUACAGCAACGAUAGAUACUGUUAUUAAGGCGUUCGAUGAUUACUGCUUGCCUCAAAAAAAUGUCGCUAUGGAGUCGUACAAGUUUAACUCAAUUGCACAAAAAGAGAAACAAAUGUUUAACGAGUUUGAAACUGAGCUACGUACGCAGCUAAGUCGAUGCGAGUACACAUGUGGCUCGUGCGGCAAAUCGUACGAGGAGCGUAUGUUACGUAACAGAAUCCUGAUCGGCAUACUUGACAAGAAGUUACAGCUCAGAUUGUUGGACGACCGGAAUAUCUCGUUGGAAAAAGCAACUGAUAUGUGUAAAGCUUUUGAAGAGGCGACUGUUAAGUGUGGCGAAAACUGGGACACAAAGCACGCAGAGAGAUACAAAGCAAAGGGGCAGGUGUGCAGGAGCUGCUCUAAGGUUGGACAUUUUGAACGCAUGUGCCGUCAGACAAAGAUGAAUAACAACAACAGCAGCAGAGGCAGUGGCAGCAAACCUAACGCAGACAGCGGAAAAAUAGUUAAUCGGAAAGUCAAUAGCCUGGACUGGGACAAUUCAUGUAAGUCGUUUAAUGUUAAGUCGGAAUGUGAAUCGGAGUACAAUUAUAGCAAUCAUAAAUUUAAUUUUAGAUUAAACUCAGUAGAAAGUAGCAAGUGGACAAAGGAAUAUGAAAUUGGAAACCAAACAGUUAAAUUUAAGAUAGACACAUGGGCUGACGUUAACUGUUUACCAGCAAAGUUACUUAAACAGUUAGAUAUUAGUAUACUAGAUGUAGAUAGGAAGAAAAAUUUUUCCCCAUUUUGAUUGCAGCAACAACAAAAUUAAUGUACAUGGAGUAAUUGAAUUAAAAUGUAAAGAUCUAAAAACAAAAGCUAAUCACGUAGCUACAUUUGUUGUUGUUAAUGAUAACUCAGAACCAAUCCUCGGACUUCAGACCAGUAUUAAUUUUGGGUUGAUUAAACGGGUGGAUGCCAAAGCUAUGCUUGGUUGCCUACCGGAAAAGAAAGAUCAAUUCUUGAAAGAUAACUGGGAUUUGUUUCAUGGUACCGGUAAGUUUCCGGGAACGUUUACAAUAUAUUUGAAGGAGAAUUCCAAACCAGUUUUGCAUUACAAAAAGCGGGCUUAUUGCUUUGGUUGAUAAACUUAAAUAUGAAAUAGAACAAAUGAUAGCUGAAGGGAUUGUUUCGGAAGUUGAUUACCCAACCGACUGGGUUAACAAUUUACAGAUUGUUGAGCGGCCUGGUGGUGGACGUUUACGUUUAUGUUUAAACCUGAAGCCGCUUAACGCAUGCAUAAAACGCGAAAAUUUCCUACUCCCUACCAUUGACAACUUUACGU